AUGAAAGUUAUAUCGGCGGCAGCAGUUUCUUUAGCAGUCUUGAAUACUCUAGCACUGGGAAGCAUACUUCCCAGGGAGAAGUAUGUCAAGAUUCCCUUCGUGAAAAACCAGGACGGCGCAGGUAACGUUCUGGGCAAGAGGUCCAAUGGGCACGAAAAAUUCGUGUUGGCCAAUGAGCAGAGCUUCUAUUCUGUUGAGCUAGCCAUUGGUACGCCCUCACAAAGCCUUACCGUUCUGCUGGACACGGGUUCAGCAGACCUGUGGGUUCCCAGCAAGGGGAACCCGUACUGCGGCUCCGUGAUGGACUGCGACCAGUACGGUGUGUUCGACAAGACCAAGUCGUCCACUUUCAAAGCCAACAAGUCUUCGCCCUUCUACGCCGCCUACGGCGACGGGACCUUUGCACAAGGUGCGUUUGGCCAAGACAGACUCAAGUAUAAUGGUCUGGACCUCAGCGGGCUGUCGUUUGCCGUGGCGAACGAAUCUAACUCGACCUUUGGAGUGCUCGGAAUCGGCCUGCCCGCUCUGGAAGUCACCUAUUCUGGCAAAGUCGCUGUGGUAGACAAGAAGAGCUACGAGUACGACAACUUCCCGCUGUUUUUGAAGCGUUCCGGGGCCAUCGAUGCCACUGCAUACUCGCUUUUCCUGAAUGACGAGUCGCAGUCCUCCGGCAGCAUCUUGUUCGGCGCUGUCGACCACAGCAAGUACGAGGGCCGACUGUACACGGUCCCGCUGGUUAACCUGUACAGGUCGCAGGGCUACCAGCACCCAGUGGCGUUCGACGUCACUCUUCAUGGUAUUGGACUACAAACGGACAGGCACAACACCACGUUGACUGCCACCAAGAUCCCAGCUCUGCUCGAUUCAGGUACGACGCUGACGUAUCUCCCCUCGCAGGCGGUGGCCUUGCUAGCGAAAAGCUUGAAUGCCACGUAUUCCAAGGCACUGGGCUACUACGAGUACGCGUGUCCCUCAAGCGACAAUGACACCAGCGUGGCGUUUGACUUUGGUGGGUUCCACAUCAACGCCCCCGUAUCGGACUUCACCAUGCAGACCAGUGUGGGCGGUACAUGCGUCUUGGCGGUCAUCCCACAAGCGGGCAACGCAACGGCCAUUCUUGGCGACUCGUUCUUGAGAAACGCCUACGUGGUCUACGACUUGGACAACUACGAAGUGUCACUGGCACAGGCCAAGUACGGCACGGGCGCGGAGGACAUCGAAGCCAUCAAGUCCACCGUCCCAAGCGCUACAAGAGCCCCCGGCUACAACAGCACUUGGUCCAACUACGCCUCAGUCACGUCGGGCGGUAACAUCUUCACCACCGCCUCCAAGAAUAAGAAUACGACCAUGAACACCACCUCCAGCGCAAAGCCGACCCACAGAAACAAGAGAGCCCUUCAAGACGUCGCUGCCAACUCGGCUACCAGUGCGCGGUCUGCGCUGGCUCUGCCGCUUCUUGCAUUCUUACUCAUCCUUACUGUUAUUUCCUCAUAG